AUGCCGGGGAAUUACACCAGUGCCACUGAAUUUUAUCUUGUUGGUUUCCCUGGCUCUAAAAAACUACACCUCAUCCUUUUCGCUACCUUCUGCUUCUUCUACUUAGUGUCUUUAGUGGGCAACACAGUCAUCAUCGUAAUCGUCUGUGCUGACAAACGUCUUAAGUCGUCCAUGUAUUUCUUCCUUGCUCACCUCUCCAUUCUUGAGAUCCUGCUCACAACCAUUAUUGUUCCCGUGAUGCUGUGGGGGCUGCUGCUCCCUGGGAUGCAGGCGGUAUCUCUGGCUGGAUGUGUUACACAACUCUUUCUGCAACUUUCCCUGGGGACCACAGAGUUUUCAUUGCUGGGAGUGAUGGCUGUGGAUCGUUAUGAGGCUGUUUGCAACCCUUUGAGAUACAUUUGCAACCCUUUGAGAUACAAUGUCAUCAUGAACAGUCAUACCUGUAACUCUGAGGUAAUUGUAUCUUGGGUGUUUGUCCUUUAUCAAAUCUGGCCCGUUUAUGCUACAUUUCACCUUACCUACUGCAAAUCAAAUGUUGUGGACAUUUUCUUCUGUGACAGGGGGCAGUUGCUCAGAUUACCCUGCGAUAAUACUAUUUUCAUAGAGUUUGUCCUCUUUGUAAUGGCUGUUUUUGUUCUUUUUGGUUCUCUGAUCCCCACAAUGGUCUCCUACACCUACAUCAUCUCCACCAUCCUCAAGAUCCCCUCAGCCUCUGGCCGGAGGAAAGCCUUCUCCACCUGUGCUUCCCACUUCACCUUUGUUAUCAUUGGUUACGGCAGCUGCUUGUUCCUCUAUGUGAAACCCAAGCAAACGCAGGCGCUAAGACACAGGGUGGUUUCUCUGAUGAUUUCCAUCAUAACUCCUUUCCUCAACCCCCGUAAUGACAAAGUCAUAGAAGCCCUUCGGGAUGGCGUGAAACGCUGCUACCAGUUAUUCAAGAGCUAG